AUGGCUCGCUUCUGGUGGUCCCAUAAUAAUACUAAAAGAGGGGUUCAUUGGUGUACAUGGUCUAGUUUAAGCGCUUUGAAUGAUGAAGUUGGGAUGGGAUUUAGAGAUAUGGGAAAAUUUAACUUUGCUUUGUUAGCUAAGCAAGGCUGGAGGCUCAUUUAUAAUUCGGAUUCCCUUGCGGUGCGUGUUUUUCGAGCCAAAUAUUACCCAUCUUUCACCUUCUCUAAAGCUCGUUUGGGCUCCAACCCCUCUCUGAUUUGGCAUUUGUUAAUGUUGGUAUUUUUUUAUGUUGGAUUUGUUGGCAUUUAUUGGAGAAUAAGCACGGGAGAUUUGGAGUCUAUUUGGAACAAUUACUGGCUCCCAGGAAAUGAUAAGAUAAAGAUUUCUACGGAACCAGUUGAGGGAUUAAAUUUUAUAGAUGAUAUGAUGAAUCAAAGUGAAAGAUCCUGGAAUUUGGGUCUUCUAGAAUCUAAUUUCUUGAGGGAGGAGGUCGAUAGGAUUAAGAUGAUUCGUAUACCUUCCUCGAUCAUCAGGGAUUUGCAGCCCUGGAGUGGGGAAAGAACGGGACUAUACAUCAUUCGUAGCCAAUGUAUGAUGCCCUCUGAGGGUAAUUUGGUGGAUUCGAACAUCAAAACCACUUUAAACAAGCUGUGGAAGAUUGACUACCCAGGUAAGCCAUCCGAAUCUGAACUCAUCGUCUUUGUGGAGCCCCCUUUGGAUCCCUUGGUGAAAGUUAAUGUGGAUGAAGCUUACCUAAAAAAUUCACAGAUAGCCAGUUCUGAGUGUGUUGUAAGAGAUCAUGAUGGACAAAUUUUGGGUUCUUGUUAUAAAAGCUCUUACAAUGUUGAAUCAGCCUUUUUUGCUGAAGGCUGA